GCCGCCGUGCGGCCCCAUUUAAAGGCGCGCGGCCCCGGCGGGAUUCCUUCCCCCCGACCCGCACGGCCUGACGCGGGCCGCGCCGCACCAACCCCUUUAAGCGCGGGGCAGGGGUGUGUGGGGCCGCCAUCUUGGCCGCUGAGGCCCCUCCCUCCCGUCGUUGCCGCCGCCGCCUCAGCCUCACGAGCCGUCGCUCGGGCCUCCGCGUCGCCGCCCGCAGGUGAGUGGGCCCGCGUGUGUGCGCCCGCCGCAAAGAUGCUGAGUUUCUUUCGGCGCACCCUGGGACGCCGGUCCAUCCGCAGGCACGUCGAAAAGGAGCGGCUGAGGGAGGCCCAGAGGGCUGCCACCCACAUCCCCGCGGCGGGAGACGCAAGAUCCGUCAUCACGUGCCGAGUGUCCUUGCUGGACGGCACCGACGUCAGCGUGGACUUGCCGAAGAAAGCCAAAGGCCAGCAUUUGUUUGAGCAGAUUAUGUACCAUCUGGACCUCAUAGAAAGUGACUAUUUUGGACUGAGGUUUAUGGAUUCUGCACAAGUCGCGCACUGGUUGGACAACACCAAAAGCAUUAAAAAACAAGUUAAAAUUGGCCCACCAUAUUGUCUGCAUUUUCGUGUGAAGUUUUACUCCUCUGAACCCAACAAUCUCCGUGAAGAAUUAACAAGAUAUUUAUUUGUCCUGCAGCUAAAACAAGAUAUUCUGAGUGGAAAGUUGGAAUGCCCCUUUGACACAGCAGUCCAGUUGGCAGCUCAUAACUUGCAAGCUGAACUUGGAGAUUAUGAUCCUGCUGAGCAUGUCCCUGAACUGGUGUCUGAGUUCAGAUUUGUGCCCACUCAGACUGAAGAGAUGGAACUGGCUAUUUUUGACAAGUGGAAGGAAUGCAGAGGGCAAGCACCAGCUCAAGCUGAAACGAACUACCUGAACAAAGCUAAGUGGCUGGAAAUGUAUGGGGUGGACAUGCAUAUAGUCAAGGCAAGGGACGGCAAUGAUUACAGCCUCGGCCUGACGCCAACAGGAGUCCUUGUAUUUGAAGGAGACACCAAGAUUGGUUUGUUUUUCUGGCCAAAGAUAACCAGACUGGAUUUCAAGAAGAAUAAAUUAACGCUAGUUGUUGUUGAAGAUGAUGAACAGGGAAAGGAGCAGGAGCACACCUUUGUCUUUAGGCUGGAUCACCCUAAAGCCUGUAAACACUUAUGGAAGUGUGCAGUGGAACAUCAUGCCUUCUUCCGGCUCAGGGGACCUGUGCAACAAAGCUCAAGCCGAUCAGGCUUCAUUCGUUUGGGAUCGCGGUUCAGAUACAGUGGGAAAACAGAAUACCAGACAACCAAGACCAACAAAGCCAGAAGGUCAUCAUCAUUUGAAAGGAGGCCCAGCAAGAGAUAUUCAAGGAGAACACUACAAAUGAGAGCAAAUAGUACUAAACUUGAAGAAACAAGCAUUCCAAAUAAUGUUGUAAACCAAAAUAAUGGAUCACAACAAAGCUGGAAUGCAAAGCCAGCCUUGCCUGUGGUAAGGACAGCUCCUUCUGGCCCAGUCUUGGUGGAGAUAGAAAACCUGCCUCGGAGCGCCGGAGCCAACCAGCAAGACAAGUCAUGCAUGCCUCUGAUUGUUGAUUUACUAGACAGCAGAGAAUUGCUGGAAACUUGCCUUGAUGAUACCACCGGCCAACCUGGGGCUGGUUUGACAGCAGGAGCUCUAGAAGAGGCAGAUCUGAGCUUCCCUCAUCCUGGCACGAAGGAAACAGCUGCUGAGAAAACAGAGCCUGCUGUGUUCGAAGAGUCCUUAUUGAAACUGAAACAGAUGGAGACAGAGCCCAGCCCACUGCCAGCGUCCCCUUCCAACAUAAACAUCAAUGUCAGCAAGCAGGAGGAGGUGGUAAAACUGACCAAUAAAUGCCUGAACAAUGCAAUUGAGAGCCCAGCAACGACACCUGUGUGGCAUCCUGCAGACUUAAAGAGCAACAUCCUGAAGGCCCAGGCCGAGGCAGUGCACAAGUUUCAGGUUAUGAGAGACGACAGCACGUUGGGGAACAAGAGCUCAAGUGUUCAGGAUGCUGUUGCCAGCAAUCUGUUAAAUGAGGAUAAAGCUGCCCCUGUCCCCGAGGAGCCCCUGACUUCAGCUAAUCUGGCUCCAGCAGAGGAGACUACAGUUGUAAAGAGCUCUCCGGAGGACCAGGAUGCUUUGCCAACAUCACUGACAGAGAAUCUCAUUGACUUCACAGAAGCUGUACCUCGGGUGUCUUCCCAGCCCACGAUUACACCGAGGUGGAUAGUGCCAAGCGGACUGGUUCCCAAUGGGCCUUUAGGGAAUGAUGUUGCCUUAACUCUCAAGGCAGUGAAAGGCAGCACUGAGGCAUUGUCCCCAUCAUCUGGAUCCCCUCCAUCCCAGCGGUCAGCUGACGCUCUUGUGAGCCUCACCACAGAGGAUCCUGCAGUCAGGCCAAAAUGUUUACUCACCACUGAACUCUGAGCAGAAGGAGAUUCACCGCUGAGAACUCGGACUUGCUGCAUUCUCCGUGGAGCCCUCCGCCAGGACCGACCGGGGACGAAGCUCUAGCUGAAUGGUGGCCCCACGUGACCAGCUGCUUUGCCAAGAACCUCAAGGGGAAACUUUCAGUUUAUUGCAGUUCAGCUGGACUGAUGGUAUAAACUAGGAGGUAAAGCUCCACAAAACCAUGAGCUUCUCUCUCGGGAGAAAGGAAGUAGGCACACUGGAACCAGUUCUGGGCCUGAAUAACAAAAUCUAGCAGAGAUUCUGUUCACAUUAGGCUUAGUCUAAUUAACUUUUGCUGCUUUGUAGACGUAAAUGGAAAUUGUUUUCUGUGAUACCAGCCUGUAGCUUUAUGAGAAGCUUUGGCCUAAAGCUUCAUUAUGGGACAGUGGGAGGAAUAGAAGGACUCUUAGAGCCACCUGGUGGCCAUUCUGUUAACCGGGGCUGAAAGUAAUGGCAGAUUUCUGCAGCCAGGGCCAGUCUUUUGUGUAAUGAUCCUGUUUUUCUCGAGUCAACACAGACAAACCUUCUUGGCCUUAAUCCACUUCAUCACCAUUGCACUUUCUCUUUGGUCCCUGGAAAGAACCAAAAAUCCAGUGUCCCAGUGAUCUUUUUCCUCGCUGACUGACUGGAUUCAAGCUGCUUUUUACCUAGGAAAAGGAGAAUUAACUUGCCCAGGAGCCUGGUGUUACUAGUGUCACAGGGAGGCCCCACAUGUUAUCUAAGACAUCUUAAUGUCCUGUACAACUUGCAAAACGCAUGAGAGAUAUUUUAGGGCGUAGACUCGCAUUCCAGUUUGGAUGGCUGAGAACGAAAGGCGUGAGCACAAGGGCUGCUCUGGAGCGCUCCUCUUUGUUGCGUAGUGCUCGUAAGUAAAGGACUGGAUUUCUGUUGAUGUUUCUGGGGCCGUUUCCACGGGUUGUGUUUUGUGAAUGCUCGACUGGCUGGCUCGUGGCACAAGUAUACGCGCGGUCUGGUUAUUAACGUCUCAUUGAACCCUGUUCCAACCCCCUGUGCCCCUGCGGGAGGUGGAACAACAGUCACUUCAGGGCAGUUCUUUCACUCGGAGUAGGGGAAGGCAACUGAUAAAAGGAUGGCCUGCUGCUAAGUGCUCGCCUGCCCAGGCUAGUGGUGAAAGCGUUGGCUCUAUGUACUUGUAGUAUUAGAUACAACAUGCCAAUUGAAAGAAGCUGUUGGAGCUCCAAGCGGCAGAGUCCCCUGUUGAAACGAGAGGUGAGCACUCGAAUACAGCGGUAAUGGGUGCUAGAGAAAAUAUGAAGGCAACGUCAGUUGGAGUCCCACAGGAUCCCAAUGGUGAGGUGAAUCCCAUGCCCUCUCUUAUCGGUGCUGUCUCCUAACAGGAAACCCUGGUGGAAACGAGUGGGGAUUGUGUCUCUGGUGGAAAUGAGCAGGGGAGCAGGUUUCGUCCUUGGGACUUGUGCUACAGGCUGGUGUCUGCGCCCUGCUGUAUUGUAUGAAUGUUAUUCAUAGACAGAAAAUGUACGUGGGAACACUUCUAAAGAAGGAAAAUUCUCACUCGCGCCGUCUCGCUCCUGCUUACGUGCUGUGCGUGCGUCUGAACGUAGGGAGAAAACACUGGACCAAUCACUGUGGUGUGUGUGUGAAUAGCCGUGUCCCCGUUGGCUUUCCCCAGCAUGUGAAACGUGUCAUGGAUGCUGCUGCUGCUGCUGUAAUACUUCCAUCUGUCUGCUGCCGUAGGAGUGUUGAGAAAGGACUUGGUCAUUGUGUACACCGCUCCGUGCCACUGCCGAGCACCCCAUCUGGCCUAGCAUAGAGACGAGUAGGAAACCUAAGUGACGGUGAGGACAGAGACCCAGAAGCCACCCUGGACAGACAGAGCUUCCCAGACGCUGCUGCAGGAGCUAGGGCCUGGACUCCAGGUCCUUCCUCCAUCGCUUCCUGCCCUUUGUGUUGUAGGAAAUACCAGGAAGCCACGUGCUUGCUGAUUCCAGCACCUCAUACCACCAGCUCCUCCAGGGUCAGGUGCUCUUCUGAGCUGGCUCUGUUCACUGCCACUUUGAUCGUGGCCCCCGUGACCUGCAGUCACGCUUAGGCUUCUCUCUACCUUGAGAAGCCUUGCUGCAGAUUAGGCAGGACCGUUUCCUAGCUUGUGCAUCAGAAGCCUUUGUCUGGAGCAGGGCAGGUGUCGGUCUCAUCGGUGGACAGAACCGGCAGCUUUGGGUUUUUUCAUUCAAACAAGUUUUGUUCGCUGAAGCUUUGCCCUGGGCUCAGGAGUCCUUUGAAUUGUGCAUGAGACGGGGGCCCCUUACAUAAAUGCCUCCUUUCCCAUUAUCAUCUGCGGUCAGUAUGUGGUGGGCAAAGUGUCCUCCUAAAAUUGAAUGGCUAAAGGACCUAGAGUCCAGAUUUACUAGCAGGAUGUUUACAGGCCUUGAAAAAUCUCAUAACUAGUGAUUUCCAGGUGCCCAGCAUAAAAAUGCUGGAUGAAAUCCUGCCCCACCAAAGUCAGUGGCACAACACCAAGAGGUGUCAAAUGGGCAAGCGAUUAUUUACCCCCCGUUGUCAGGGAGUGCUCUGAAUUCACACCUUCACAGUGGCAAAUCAGGAACCUACGAUUCUUAGUCCCUAGGAAGUUGUGGCCUGGUUCUGGGGGUAAUGCGGAUGUGAUGCUGCAUCACUCAGAUGUUAGUUAUAAAAUGGUAGGUGUAAGCACAGUCACCCAACAAGCUUGUAGGUCCCUACAUUGAUGUUGCCAUGUGACCUGUAUUUUACCUGAACAGUGUUAACAUGAAAUGCUGAAACGGCAGCACCUCUAAGGUAUGAAUUGCUGCCUUUCUUGCCCACAGCAUGGAGCUCCUUUCCGUUUCCUCGUAUUAAUGGGCUGUGUGAGACUGAAGUCAUCAACAGGAAGGAACGUUAAGGAACUUCCCCUGCUAAGGGGGAGAAAGGCAGUCGUCUGCUUCACUUGUAUUCCUCUAGAUCAAGUCUGCUGUCGGGGACACUGACCUCCCUGACAAACUCCAAGAAAAUACUGCUUUGAAGACUGGGAAAUUGGUGACUCCCAGCACACCGGAUGUAGCACUUCUUAGGAGCCGGUGCUGAGAACUCAGGAGUUUAGUCUCCAUUUUGAUUACACAGCCAUCAACCGGGUUUCUGUUGGAAUCCAUUCAAGGUUUUAUUAAUUACAUGCUAUAUAUUGUCCAUGCCCUUUACAUCAUCAGGGGUUAGUAAAAAAAAAUACAAAAGCAAACAGAACUAAAGCCUUGCUCUUUUAUCAUUAGUAAUAACAAUGUCACCGCUAAACUCCUUGCAGAGGGUAGCUGGACCCUGGAACAGGCCCUGAUCGUAGGAGUGUAACUAGAUCACUGACUUGUGCAAGUUGGAUUGACCGUGUGGAGGUGACGAGUCUUACGGCUCCAGUGUUGCUCUCAUCCAGUUAGCCUGGGAGCAGCAGCUUGAAAAACCUACAAUUCGUAGAAGGGAAAUGAAUACAUCAUGUAGCGAUGCCAUCGCCAUGUACUCGUGGUCAGUCCUGCUGCCUGCUGGGAACAUCUGACCUGGAAUAUACUGGGUGUUGGGGCCUCUGAAGCUUGAACUAAAGGAUGCCCUUUAGCUGUCAGCACUAGACAGGGGCUGAACACAGGGGUCAGGAUGGAGCAGGGCUUUCUCAUUAGCCAGCUGCAAAGGUGUAUAUGCUUAAUUUGAGCAGUGGGCACUACAGCGUGUUUGUUGAAGCCAAACAUCCCCGUGCUGGGGUGCCGUUAUAUAGACAGGACAGUUUUCUGGACACAGAACUCCAGCGAGUAGAGCCCUGGCUGCUCCCGAAAGGACGUCUGGGGAGAGUCCGGGUUAAGUGUUGGUUUCUUUCCACAGACUUCUGUCCAGUCUGUUGUCUUCCUUCCCAAUUAGUCUUCUCCUGUUACCCUGCUAACGCGGUCCUGCCUCUUGGCAGAAAUGCUGUAGCGAGACCACCCUUCCCCUUUGCAGCAGUGGGUGGCUGUUUCCGAGUUGAGCCCGUGUGGUGCAGUGGAGGUCACUGGGUAGUAACUGUGCCCUUGGCAUUUGAAUCUCAGCUGCCAAGCACCUGGCCAUGCAGCGGGGGAUGGUGUUAAUCAAGUCAGGACCAGUCCAUUAGUACUAGAAAUUCUUUGUACCCACAGCUUUUCACUAACAGCGGCGUAAUUGUCACUUUGCAGAAUAUCUUUCUUAAUGUCGAGUUAGUCAUGGAGGCAUAACCCACGGUAAUCCGCUGCGACGGAGACAUGGGUUACUCAAGAAAACUGGUCAGCUACUUAGAAAAUGUUUUCGCUGUAAACCUGCCAGCUGAGGACUUGAAAAGCUGGAAAAUACGUUCUGAAUUGUUCUGUUACUGUCUUUUAGGCUCCGGGAGUUGAUUUCUGGUCCCCAGUAGUUCUCUUUUCUUCCUGAAUUUUAAGGCUCUAAAGAAAAUUGUAGACUCAGUUACUGGAACACAUGUAGGCUGGAAUCCACUGCUUUUAUAAAUGAAGUAGGUUUUUAUGAGGAGAGAAUUUCAGACGGUUUGACAAGCCUCUCUUCCGGACUGAGACUCGGCAUUAGUAGCAGCCUCAGCUGCGCUUGCUCAGGGUGGGAAACUGGGUAUCCCUCCGUGUACGCAGGAGGGAAAGGGAGGCCUCUCCCCCGGCAUUCCCAUCCAUGUUACGUUGUGGCCUGAGCACCGCGCUUCUCCUGUUCUCUCCUCCGUACGUGCGAUUCCACUGGAACUGGACAAACUUAUUUUAAAGUACACGAGAGGUUUUUGGGUUUGUUUUUUUUUAGUUAGACCUUUUUGUCAGAAGCCACAUUAAUGACCAUGUUUUUAUCUUUUCUACGUCAAGCUUCGCAGUAGCUCCCAAUGUGUAAUUUAUUGUUUGUUUUUAUAAAGUGCACCCUCCUGCUUCACGGCCGUAGCAAUGUAUGUACUGUUUUAGGCACCGCACUGCACUGCACUGCACUGAAGUUUGUACUGUCUGUACCUGGGGGAAAACUGUGAUUUUUAGUCCACUCAGAAUUCAUGGAUUGUUUAUAUUUUAGCUCUUAAAUACACUGUAUCUGUGCAAAACAGUCUCUUGGGAUCCUCUGUUCUUUCGAGUGCCACUUCUAUAGAAUUGUGCGGCCGUAAAAAUGUCUUUGGCGGGGAGGUUAGCCAAGGGCCGGUUUAGGAAAUGGUGUCAAAGACUGCUCUAGGGAAAUCCAAGCCGAAGGGCCUCUUGCAGGCCAGCAACCUCCCCUUGUCAAAGAUCUUGAGUCUUGUAUCAUAGAGCCUGUUAGCCGCAGCCCGGACUGUCAGUCUGUACACAAAUUAGGGUUUGCUGGGAGCUUCAAGACAGUUGCUCAAAGUACUUGGCUCAAUAAGAGAAUUUUAUGUUCUUCAAUAGCAGGUUGUGACUGAGCCACAUCAAAGACUUCUCUGAGCUCUAGUGACCUCAACUAAAAUGAAAUGAAACAUGCACUUAACUCACGUUACGUGCUGUAUUUCCAAAAGUGCUUGGCUUGAUUUUACAGUGGGAGUUAUUGGAGGCUAAACACUUCUGAAAAUCAAAUUAGAUGCCUCAGUGAAAGCUUGACCUCUUUGUCCUUAAAGUCAGAGCAAGAUGGGAGUGUGCAAGUGUGCGUGGGUGGCUCUCGUUACCACGUCAGCAUUUUCUCAGCCAUUACUUACCUUCGAAGGUCCAGAGAAAGGUUUGAGACUUUCAGCCCCCGAUGUGUACUGUCAGUAAUGCUGACUGCUUAAUGUCCCGAGCGCCCAAAUGUCGGUGCUGUGCACGACCUUCAUUCUCUGUCCCUUUAAAGCUUGUAGAUGCUCAAGCUGAACAUCAAGUGAGCAAGGCUUAUAUUUCAGCUGAAAACCAGAGUAAAAAGCAGCUUGGUUUGCUCAUCUUAGAGUUUAAAAAGAGGUGUGCCAGGAUGAUUAAACUUGCCUCACCCGUGAGGAGGAUGGUCAUGGUCAGGCCGCUUAUUUCUGUUCUGCUUCAAAGGGAAGGCAGCAGAACUGAGAUCCUCUGGGGCUCUGCUUCGUGUAUAGUCAUUUUCACUGUCAGUUUCAAUACCCCAUGGCAAAAACUUGGAGAGGCCAAGCCCCGCCUCCCCUGCCCCCCCCCCAAACCCAGAACUGUAUCUUGAAAAGCAAAAACAAUCUAAUUAUUGCUAAUUGAGUUUACGAACGUGUCAAAGGGAGAGAAGACAAAACAAAAGUAAUCUAUUUUAAUAUCCAAAUCCAUUUGGGAUCAUGACUCGCGAACACGGGACCUUCUGCUUACUGCUUACCAAGGAAAGGUGAGUGGUGUGUAGACCAAAUUGCUACCCAGCCAUAGUACUAAGGGAAAGGGGGGUUAAAACAAAGGGAAGCAAAAAGCAUUUCUGAGGGCUGCAAGGCCUCCAUCUCUUAAGUUUGAAAAAAAUAUAAUUUUCAAACUGAAUUACAAGAAAAAUGGUCACGAGAAGGGGUUGACUUAAAUACUUUUACUGAGUCAAGAAAUUAAGACAGAAGUGCCUUUAGUUCGUCAUUCACAAAGAAAUGUCUGCAUCGUGUAAGUGAAAUCUUCGCCGAUUGAUAAUACCUUCUCACUCAGGAAUACGAAACAGAAAACUAAGAAAAGCAAUAACUGGACCUAGUUAAUAUGGACAGAUCUGUUCAUGCACAUUCAUUUUAUAAUGUUCAACUUUUAAACACACGCAUCUCACAAUGCUGCAGUACAUUUGCUGCUCCGGAGCAGAUGAAUAUGAAUAGACUGGCUGUAGCUUUUUGCUUUCAUUUUAUAGAGCGAGCACUUGUUAGGAGACGCAUCAGGCCCUGUAGAGUCAUCUGUUUAGCCACAGAACAAGCAUGGGACCGGUGCCCGCACGGCCGUCUUCUCUGCUGCCUGGCUCUUUGUUCUUCCGCCUUACUGUUACGCGGCCAGAUCCAGCGGAGGGAUGAGCCCCUUCAGUCCAUGAUGGGCAGUGUCUGUUCCUGCGCUAUUUGCUGCUACCUUCAGUGUUUUAAGUGAUUAUGUCAUACAGGCCAUUGCACAGCUGUAGACAACACUGCAUUUUGACGACUGCUAACGUGGUCAGUUAAACUACUAGCAGCCCUCUGAAUACCUGCCCCCCUCAUUUUAAGUGCAUGCAUGUAUUGUGAGCAACUGCCAGGAGACUGAGGAAAACAGCCACCCCCUCCCCCACCUCUUUGCAAUAAGAUUACGAUUUCAUUAGAAGUCCAACCGAGCGCCAGGAGAGGAAGGGCUCGCGCUACUUGAGGUGCUGGACCUCUAUCGCAGCCAUUAGCUGCAAUGCAGGUUAACAGAGCCCUGAAAUGAAAGCUGCUCCAGCAGUAGUAAGACAGAGGUGCCAGCAAAUCCUGCUUCCUCUUGAGCCCACUUCAGAAGGCAGUUCGCAGCAGGAAACAACAAAUACAAGCAUGCACAGCACAAGGAAACCGAGCCGCCCAGACAGCGGAGGGUUCCUGUCGCUAAGUGGUCGUGAAUUCCAGGCGUCUGUUCUACCCUCAGGUCACGCUUAUUUUCAAAUUGCUGGGAGCCGCCAACAAGGGAAUAACGUGCUUGGUGGCACCCAGGGAGCCAUCUGUAGCAGCCCUUUGUGGCUACAUGCUCUGCCCUCAUCCCUCCAGUCCUGAGGAUGAUAAAGUCCUGAACGGUACAGACAGCUCCUGCUGGAUUGCACCUGCACAGACCUAUCAGCAAGCUCUUGCAUGCGACUGGCUUUAAGAUUACUGUUCUACUUUCAUGCUCAGCUCAACUGUUCUGCGAAGCAGUCGGUUCCCAGCUGCCACAUGUACACAUGUACACUGGACUCUUGCUCGGGUCUGGGCAGUUGCAGAAGCCCACAGAGCCUGCACAGGCUGGUCAGGGGCUGAAGCUCGUCAUUCAAAAAGGUACAUUCCUUGUUGGUAUAUGAGAUGUUUAAAUGGCCCGUGCUCAGGGUGUGAACAUCUUGCAUAGAGACGUGUGUUGAAAAGCGAUAGAGAGCUGGCAGCGUGCAAUUACAGUGCGUGGCUUCUGCACACACAAGUGAAUGACUCUCAGCUGCCUGCGCAGAAAGCUGUAAUAAUUCUCAUGUAGCAGACAUACUAUAUCAACCCGACGUGCGUUCUUCCCUUGAAAAUAACACUGCCCCUCACUUGUAGUGUCUCUUGUUGCCAGAGUCAAAUAAUCAGCCAUUAGGCUGAUUAUCUCAGUAGCUUACACAGAAUGAAUAAUAAAUGGCUGUGUGUUAUGGUGACAUGGGAGAAAGGUAGAUGUUUUAUUAUAGUAUUUUAAAAAGUAGCGCAUGAGCUUAAUGAAACUAAAUGGAGGUGGAUUGCUGUGUACAUCGACACAGGUGGGGCCUUGGCUGUACAUCCCCACAUUUUGCCCAUUUUGAUUUUUGUUGCACAAUUAAAAUAUCAUGAAGUUAAGGGAAACAGCCUGGACCUGCUAGAAAUGCACCUCCCGUAAGGUGGUGAGCACCCAAACCAGCUGCAAGGCCAUGGGAGAGCCAGGGUGCUCUGCACCUCUUGGGAUUAGGGUGAUCAAAGAGCUGUAGUAAUCUGACGCUUCUGUCACGUGGCUGGUUGCCAUGGCACGCCACGGAGAGGCUUUUUUUGUUCACUCACCCAGUACAGAAAGGAAACGUAACGGACACCACAUCCCAAUGCACAUGUAACAGUGCAGAGGAGGGAUCAGAGCAGAGAGGAUUCAAAAGUGCAUUUCCUAGUUUGAGGUCUGUCCUGGGGAAGAGCCCAGGCUUUGUUUGCUCUUUUCUGGGGAGAAAGUGCCCAAACUCUUUCCUUGCAUCUUCGCAGGCUUUAGGCCUAAGUUUAGCGACCUGCCGAAAUCUAGGAGGCAGGCAGCUGAUUUUGUGGACUGACUGCAGGGCCGGCUACUACUGUCAUGGGCUUAUCAGGGCAGCCUCGCCCCCCCCCCCCCAAAC